AUGAAUAAGGUAGAAAACAUGGAGAAAGAACUAGGCAAGAGGCGUCGCAGUGCGAUUGAGUGGGAACUCGAUAGGCCAAAGAUAACAUUGCUCCCCUGAUAAGCGUCGUUUUUAAGCUUUUACCGCGUCGUUUAACAGCGACUUUUUCGAACGAUAAAGCAUGUGGUAAAGUUUAUCAAUUCAAACUUGUUAAUCGCGGGUCAUUUUUCUUAAUUUUGUUGAAUUUCUUGCUUUAUUUAAAUCUUCAUCUAGUGGAUCAACAAAUAAGAUUAAACCUCAACCCUUCUGUGAUGUUGUUUUUUCAAGAAAUGAACAACUAUAAUUAUGUGAAAAAAGUUGAUAAAUGAUGGGUACAUUUAUUUUUCUAGUAUCUCUAUUUUACAUGAAAUUUUUUUCCAAUAUUCAAUUUUUUUGAAGGUUGCCAUCAAAAACGACGUCGAUGUUUUUUACUUCGCCACAGUUGUCCCAUUGCUCGUCUACUUCCACGAGAGCGGACAGGUUUUUCAUCGAAUAUCCAUGGAAAUUCCAAUUUGAACUAGAUGGAAAAACGCGUGUUCCUCCAGUUGUGGAAGGAGAUCCCGGAACAGAACGAACAGCAGUUCACCCUGCAGAAUCCUCAUGGACUUGAUGCCGGUAAGCUCCCAGAUAUUGGUAGAAGUAAAACUUCAGUAAAUAAAUUAGUAUAAGUUUUUUUUGUUAUAUGCUCUCAACUUAUCUUUUUAAACAUUUUUUUACUUUUUUUGAAAUACUUUUUUUCUAUUGUUGAGUUUCUCUAGAGUUAUCUGUUUUUUAGUCUGAUGAAGAUAAGAGGCCAAAAAAAAGCAUCGCUCGAUUCUCACAUCUGAAGUUUUACAGACGCGAUCUGCACCAAGCUGCAGCAGAACAACGUGUUCACGGUGGCUCGACGAAAUGUUGAUGAUCAACAACUCCUGUACCACAGCGUCAAGUACACCAACAACAUCUACGUUCUCUCCGAGUUGAAAGUCAACCUCAAUUCGCAAUCUGUCACGGUAAGCGUCACAAACGCCUUUCGUGAACUAAUUUUUCGAAUAUUUUUUCCAACCAAUCCACGAUUUCGCAUAUAAUCUACCGUAUCAGAAAGUUCAUAGAAAAUUCUCAUUCCGCCACACGAAUCAGAGCGGUGCUAUGGGCCAGCCGGGCUGGCCGUAGUGUUACAACGCGGCCUCAAAGCGGUCCAAAAUUGGCCACUUUUCAUAAAUAUUUAUUGGUUGUUUUAGUUAGAUGGAAUUGACUAGGUGGUGAAAAAAUUGCUCUUUUGAGGGGUACUAACACCGCCUUUGGCGAAAAAAAAAAGCCAAAACGUGUAGUUGAUUGAAUUGAAAGCAUGGUCUUACGGUCCUUCGCCUGGUUCUUCCACAAGUAGAUCCCUCAGUUCCGCGGGUACGGGCACGGACGCCGUGUACACUCUAGGGCAGUCUCGGCCGAUUGAGAGAGCUGUCGAGUGAAGAAAAUAGACGAAAUUUUCGAACAUUUUGUCCCGAAAUUUUCAGAGAGUGUGUAAAUAGGGGAGUGAGUGAUUGAAAAUGUGUUACUCAGGAAAAUAAGGUAAUGUAAAUUGUGAAGUGAGAUAGAAAAAGUUCGCGAUUGCGACGACUGUGGGCCGAUUUUCGGCCAUCAACCUCGGCCCAACGCACAGCUCUGACACGAAUGAACGUGGUCUUUUUUUCAUAGACAGUUUAUCAGAAAUAAAUUUUAAAAAACCUGUGGAGGAGAGACAUGUUCUGGAAUUUUAAGGGAACUGGACUAGUGAUAAACAAAAAAAACUACAUUUUUUUCAUUGAUCAUCAGUAGAGGAAAAAGGCUUCCCUGAAUGAAAGUUUUCAGUUGAAUAUUUUUUUUGUCGUUGAGAAACGAGUCCAGUUUAAUCAAAAACUGAUAAACUGCAGCUCUCACUGAAAUCGAGCCACGUGACGGCGAUCGCCAACAUGAACGAGAUGUUCCAACUCAUCAUCAGCAACUGA